CGGUCCUCCAUUCUUCGGACCCACCCCUCCCCCUCCAGCUUCCUUCCUCCGACCCCAGUGAGCCUCAUCCUUUGAACACUGUCAAAGCAUGAGUGACUUAGACAGAGCGAUCGCGCAACUACGCGCUUGCCGUCUGAUCCCUGAGUCUCAAGUCCGCGAACUCUGCUACAAAGCGCGGGAACUCCUCAUUGAAGAAGGCAAUGUGGUGUGCGUGGACGCGCCCGUUACCAUCUGUGGCGACAUCCAUGGACAGUUCCACGACCUGAUGGAGCUCUUUCGCGUGGGCGGCGAUGUGCCCGACACCAACUACCUCUUCAUGGGUGAUUUCGUCGACCGCGGGUUCUACUCGCUCGAAUCCUUCCUGCUCCUGCUCUGCCUCAAGGUCCGCUAUCCCGACCGCAUCACGCUGAUCCGCGGCAACCACGAGUCGCGCCAGAUCACGACGGUCUACGGCUUCUACGACGAGUGCAUCCGGAAAUACGGCAGCGCCAACGUCUGGCGGUACUGCUGCGAGGUCUUCGACUACCUGGCGCUGGGGGCGCUGGUGCUGGGCGCCAGCUCAGGCUUGGAGCCCACGGGCCCCGCGCUGGAGACCACGUCGUCGACAAUGUCGCUGGAUGACAGCGAGCUGGAAACCGAGGUGCUGAACUCGCGCGGCGAGGUGACGAUGAGCAGCUACCGACCCAAACAGCCGCGCACCGACUCGCCCCUCCUCCCCUCCCUCUCCCAAGACAAAUCCGCCACGUCGUCCACCACCCAGACCCCCGCCUCCUCCUCGAUGCCCCCCCUGCGAUCCGGGUGGGCAGGCACCGGCGCCACCGGGGACUCCUCCGGCAGCUACGCCACCGGCACGGGGGCCGUCCUCUGCGUCCACGGGGGUCUCUCCCCACUCAUCGACAGCGUGGAUAAGAUCCGACUGAUCGACCGCAAACAAGAAGUGCCGCACGAGGGCGCGAUGUGCGACCUCCUCUGGUCGGACCCGGACGAGAUCGACGGCUGGGGCCUCAGCCCGCGCGGCGCGGGGUUCCUGUUCGGGGGCGACAUUGUGAAACACUUCAACUACAAGAACGACCUGUCGCUGAUCGCGCGCGCCCACCAGCUCGUCAUGGAAGGGUACAAAGAGAUGUUCGACGGCGGCAUCGUCACCGUCUGGUCCGCCCCCAACUACUGCUACCGCUGCGGCAACGUCGCCUCCAUCCUGGAACUCGGCGAGGACGCCAGCAACGGGGGCACGGUCGCCCGCAGCAACGGCGACUACGGUCGAAGCACCGGCGGUGCAGCCGGUGCGGCGGCCGUGACCCGAAGCCCCGGUCGACGGUACCGGGUCUUCGAGGCCGCCGCGCAGGAUACAAGAGGUAUGCCCGCGAAGAAGCCUGUUGCUGAUUAUUUCCUGUGAUAAGUGAUACCAAAGUUCUGCUCCAUCCUAUUCAACCAUCCAUCCAUACAUCUUCCUCCACGAAACCAAACCUGACAUCACCCU